AUGAUUAUUGGUCCAGGGACAAAGGCUGUCGAAUCUGGGCCAAUCACUGCUAUAGCGAUAUCCGCAGAUCAUACUACAAUUGCAGGAGGACAUGCGAGUGGUAAUAUCUUUACCUGGGAUACAGGCCGUGCCUCGAGACCUUUCCUAACAAUACCACAUUUGGAGCCAUCGCAGCUCCAAAAUCGUACGGUAGAUGGACAUGUCCCUGAUGUUGCUAUCAUUCACCUUGGGUUCUUAGGGACCCGCCAUACAGCCCUUGUUUCAGCUGAUAACAAGGGCAUGGCUUUCUCGCACCUAGCGACUAGAGGAACUGGUGCACUUGGGCGAACCGUGAAAACCCAUCGGAUUCUUGGUCGAUAUCCGGAUGCGCCAAUGCCUCCGGGGAAGAUGGUCAAGCCUAGCACCGUUCUUGCCUUUGCACCUCUACCUCUGGGCAAUGUUGAGUGCUCAACAGACACCCUAGGAUUGACAGCUAUGCUGACGCCGUAUCUUCUUGUUAUCGUGUCAACCACGCCAGUGGCCCAGACUCAACACAAGUCAGCGCGGCCUAAGGAUGUUCCCCCUCACAGCGCGAUGACAGGCUGUUUAGCAUGGUUCCCAGCAGUAAAACUGAAGGUUCCUGACCUUCAGACUGGCAGCGACAUUUCGAAAGUGAAGCUUGCGUACUGUUGGUCCAAUAUCUUGACAGUGCUGGAUGUAGACGAGUAUCCCCGUGAAGAUAAGGACCAACCUGCAUCGUACAGAUUCAAGGCACGAAGCAGGUGGAAGUGCGAAGAAGCGAUUGUUGCUGUGCAAUGGCUCAGCCGUUCAGUACUAGCGGUGCUUACGAUAUCUCAGAGAAUGAUCGUACUUGAAGACAGGAGCAUGCGCAUGACAGAGGGCUUCGAUCUUGUACAAAAGUACAUAUACCACGCAGACCUGUUCUCGGAGCAGCUGCACACUCUUGUGGAACAACUUGAUGAGACCGAUUCCUCGAUGCAUGGCGUCGUAGCUGAUGCUUUCUACAUGAGCUUCAAAGCGUACAAGGGGAGGAUAUUUAUCCUUGGCUUCAAUGAAGUCUCAAUUGGCGCAUUGUCAAAUUGGGCCGACAGACUUAUUGCUAUGAUGGAAAAUGGCGACUAUCUAGGCGCUAUUCAGCUCGCCACUUCUUACUAUACUGGCGACGCGGACAAGCUCACCGUUGGAUUGCCCGAAGAUCCUUCAUUACGUCACACUAUGGUUCGUGACAAGAUUAUGGAGAUCAUCAGUGCCUCUUUGAAGUAUGCUUUUGGUCAGCGUCAGAAGGAUCCCGAGAGCUACGAUGAUGAGCACAUGAAGCAAUUAGCAGAGACCUGUUUCACAGCUUGUCAAGCCGUCGACAACCAGGACUUCCUCUUCGAGGACAUGUAUGACUGGUACGAGGAUGCUGAUAUUGGAGGCAUAUUUCUUGAGUGUCUCGAACCAUGUAUCCUCGAGAAGACCACCACGAUGGUGCCUCCAACUGUUGUGAAAGAUUUAGUCCAGCACUACGUCAGUCGAGGGUGGGAGAGUAGACUUGAGGAAAUGAUCUGCCACAUGGAGACAGCGACACUGGACCUUGAUCAGAUAACAUUGCUGUGCAAGCAACACAGCUUGUACGAUGCUCUGAUCUACGUUUGGAACCAGGCACUUGGUGAUUAUAUUACUCCCAUGAUUGAUCUUCUGUCUCUGUUAAUACCCCUCAUGGUUGAUGGGGACUUCACGGCAAACAAUCCAGCAGAUGACUUUUUCAGCAUCAAUGCCCUCAAGAUUUUCCCAUAUUUGUCUUACACUCUAACUGGUAGAGUGUAUCCAAACGAUGAAGCGAUGAGUGAAGAGAUGGCUACCAAAGCUAAAUCUGAGAUUUACUGGUUUUUCUUUUCCGGAAGAACUAUAACCUGGCCCAAAGGUAGUGGGAACGAGUUUCGUACCAUCCCCAACUCUGAGUCGCAGCCAUCGUUUCCCUACCUUCGCAUGAUUCUCAAAUUGGAUGCCCCCAGCUUUCUUAGCGCGUUGAACGAGGCAUUCGAGGACCCUUUCCUGAAUGACUCCACCGAUCAACACAUGAACGGUUCCAGGGGAGACAUGCCGGAAGAACAGAUCUUUGGCCAGACCAUAAACCGGCAAUAUGUUCUCUCUAUCUUGCUGGAUGUCAUGAACCCAAACGACUUUGCCCCUGAGGAUACUAUCUACCUGGACAUGUUUAUUGCGCGGAACCUUCCAAAGUUCCCACAAUAUCUUCUAUUUUCAGGCACAACACUCUCGCGCGUCUUGACUGGUCUGUGCAAUUACCCAGGCCUCGACCUGGCUGAGGAUGCACAGCUCAGCGCUGAAUAUUUACUCUCCGUCUAUCAUCCGUCAGACAUGCCUGACUUGAUGCCGUUGUUCAAGAAGGCAGGGUUCUACCGUAUCCUGAAACGCAUAUACAAGACAGAUAAACAGUAUGGAAAUCUGAUCCAGACGUAUUUUGAGGACCCGGAAGACCAAGAGUUGGUUUUCGACUGCCUCGGCGAAUGCCUGCGACCUCACUCAGGGCUGACUGGACGUCAGUUUCAGGAAGUACUUCUUGUCGUUAAGGAACAUGCACGAGAAUUACUUGAACUUGAUGCCGCAUUAACUGCGAAGACUCUAGUAGAGCAGGGCUUGGAGCUACACCAGCACAUGAUCAACUCUGCCGAGAAUGCAUCAGACCUACAACACACAUAUCUCAAGACAUUGCUGGAGCCAGAGGAGCCAACAGCAGAUCACAAGCUGGUGGCCGCUCGUGACUUGGUUGAACGUUAUGUGCAGCUCAUGUGCAAAUUUGAUCCGUCUCAUGUAUCUGAUUACGUUGGUCUUGUGCAGUCAACUGACUUGAGGCUUGAAAAGCUGCUGCCAACGAUGGAGGAGACUGGUGUGAUUGAUGCGGCCGUUGUGUUGAUGGCUCGGGAAGGCCAAGUCAAGGACGCUAUGGAACGACUUGUCAAGCAUCUCAAGACCUUGGAGUCCGCAAUGCAUGGACUGUUGACAGGUGCUGAGGAACAGCAUUCAGGGCCAAGUCUUGGGUACGCCGCUGAGGAUCUUCUCGAAGCUCUUCAGAAGUAUGUUCAUGUUGGCAUAUGGUUAUGUCGAGGCCAGGCUAAAUCAUCAACUAAGCAGUCGAAAUUGGUACAGAAGAGCCCGAAAUCGGCAACUGAGGCACUGUCACCGGACGAGGCUUUAUGGCUGAGUCUGAUCGACACGUGUGUACAAAUCACCAAGACAUUGUCACCUGCUCUCAGCGCUGCUGCUGAGCAGAAUAUCAGCGACGACGAGUUUGAUGAGGAGAAGCUAGUGGCUCUUCUUCGCUCGCUGGUUCAGCACACAUUCACGGCGCUGCUUACAACGACAUCCAGCCAGACGGCAUCUCUGUCGGGGUCGAAGCUGGUCUCAAAUGCUGGUUCCAGCCUGUCUUUUCUGCGCAUUCUCAGGGCGUUCUUGACACAAGCGGCUGCGUCAUCCCCAAACUUGGCAGAUCUGCGAGGUGUAUUGGCGUCCAUCUUCUCGGCGUAUGCGUAUGAGGAGUCCAUCCUCAAGCUAUCGAAUCGCCUGUUAGAGCGCAGUCUAUUCGUCAACGUCAAUCAAUCAGUCGAACUUCGUCAAAGGGGAUGGCGCCCAAGAGGAUCAACGUGUGAAGCAUGCAGCCGAAGAGUAUGGGGACCUGGAGUCGCUGGAACGGCAGUCUUCGAGGCCUGGGAGGACAAACAGGCUAUUGAAGAAAAGAGAAGGAAAGAAAGGCAAGCCAACGCAGCGGAGCGCGCCAAGGGUGGUGAUGGCGAAACGGAGCUCAAGGCCAAGGGUAAGGGGAUCGACACGAGACCGUCGAGCAUGCUCAUCGAGACAAACGCCAACAGUGGCAUGGGCAGUAAUAAGGACAAGCCUAUGGGGCCUUUGGUGGUACUGGCCUGCCGGCACAUAUAUCACCAGAGCUGCCUGGAUGAGUUGCAAGAAAGGCAGCAGAAUGGAGUGGGAGGCGUUGUUGAGAGAGAGUAUAGAUGCCCUAUUGAUGGGUGA